AUGCGAGCUGUGCCUGCGCUGUUCAUGGCGAUGUGCGCCACGGCUUCGGCCUUCUCGUCGUCCCAUGCACUCAGAAUCCUCAACCCAAGAGUUCUUCCUUCCUUCCCUUCCUCUAUGUCCUCCCUCUGCUCUCGAAAGAACACGAGGGCGGCUCAAUGCGCCCCUUCCCUGGGAGGUCGCGCUAGGUUUGCGUCCAGCACAGUCCGCAUGCAAACGCAAACCGCAUCCGUUGUUGAUCCAGAGAAACAGCUAGCAGAUCUCGGCAUCACUCUCCCGCAGGUUGCAUCCGCUGCUGCCAACUAUAUUCCCUAUGUGGUUUCUGGGAACUAUGUUUAUGUUGCCGGUCAGAUCCCAGUCUUGAACGGAGAGAUCAAGUUCAAGGGAAAGGUCCCCACGGACAAGAGUAUGGACGAGGCUUAUCAGUCCGCCAGGCUCUGCGGGUUGAACUUGAUCGCUCAGGUACAUCUUUCUCCUCAUUUUGGUGAAACAUCACCGCUGACAUGUCUCCCUCCAAGGUGA